AUGAAAGGAACAUUAAUCUUACUACUAUAUUUAUUGAAUUUUCUCAAUGGAACUUUUGGAAAGUCGUAUUAUGAUAUUUUGGGAGUGAAAAGAGAUGCCAGUGAUACAGAAAUUAAGAAAGCAUAUAGACAAAAAAGCCUAAAAUACCAUCCAGACAGAAAUUCGUCUCCAGAUGCAUCGGAGAAAUUUAAAGAGAUUGCAACUGCGUAUGAGGCUUUGUCCGAUUCCGAAAAAAGAGAUAUAUAUGACAAGUAUGGUGAAGAUGGUUUAAAGCAGCAUCUUGAAGGUUCUCAAGCUCAUGAUCCAUUUGACCUUUUUUCAAUGGGAUUUGGGAAUUUAUUUGGAAUGAAUUCUGGGAGAGAAGGCGAAAGGUACAGGGUUCCAGACACUACAUUCAAAUUGUUUAUGACUCUUGAGCAGCUUUAUUUUGGAGAUAUAAUCACAAUUUCAUACAUCAGACCCGUUUUAUGUAUAAAUGCGAAUGAUUGUUUGAAGAAUAGGAAUGAUUGUGCAGGUGCGGGGACAAGACUAUUUACUCAGCAAAUGGGCCCUGGAUUUAUGGUUCAACACCAGGUUAACGAUUCAACUUGUGUUGCAAGGAAAAAGGGAUGGGAGAAAAAUUGUAAGCAGUGCCCAAAUGGGCCAACUGAACUAGAGACUGCAAAACUAACCGCAUAUAUAGACGCAGGAAUGUAUUCUGGUGAUACAAUUAGAUUUGAAGGCUCAGGGGAACAGAAACUCAAUCAAGAGCCUGGCGAUUUUAUUGUUGUAAUUUUUGAGGUGGAGAAUGAAUAUUUUAAAAGAGUGGGGAAUGAUUUGCACACCACUAUGGAAAUCAGUCUUGCAGAUGCUUUACUAGGGUUUAAUCUUCCAUUAAAGUACAUUGAUGGGAAAAACAUAAAUAUUGAAAAAAGUGGCAUAACUUCAUAUGGAGAUGUACUUAAAGUCAGGAAGAAAGGAAUGCCAAUUCGAAACACAAACGAAUACGGUGAUCUGUAUGUAACGUUAAAGUUCAAAAUGCCACCAGAACUGAACGAAACGCAAAAACAGUUAAUUAGAGAGGCAAUUCUAGACGCUUAA